CCUCACGGCGAGCACCCCGCAGAGUUCACCGUCGCCCGCGAUUCGAAUGCGAUUCGUUCGAUCAUCGCGUUGGUCGACAACAAAGAGCAGAUCGAAUGCAUCGUCGACCCCGGUUCGCAGAUCAUCGCCAUGUCGGAAGAGGUCUGUCUGGGCCUCAACCUCCUCUUCGAUCCUACUAUCCAGCUGAACAUGCAAUCGGUGAACGGCGAGGUGGACCGAUCACUAGGACUCAUUCGAAACGUUCCCUUCCGCAUCGGUAAGAUCGUAUUGUAUCUCCAGGCUCACGUCAUUCGAAACGCAGUGUACGACAUCCUCCUCGGCCGACCCUUCGACGUGCUCACGCAGAGCGUCGUCAAGAACUUCUCCGACGAGAACCAGACUAUUACGAUCCUCUGCCCGAACACCGGCGAAACCGUCACGAUUCCGACCAUCCUCUCGGGUGUCGCAAAUCGCAUUUUCUCGCUUCGAGGAAUUGAUUCCCCAUGA